CAGAAGAAGACUAACUUCCGGUGGAAGUAGCGCUGCUCAGACGAACAAACCUUUACUAGAAUGUUUGUCUUAUCCGAAUAACCUCACAUUUGUUUGAUAUUAUGUGCUAAACAUGGACAUCCUUAAAGCUGAGAUUGCCAGGAAGAGAAAACUCCUCGAAGAAAACCAGCUGGUUGACGGCUCCAAAAAGUUCUUCAAGAGAGCCGACCUCGCACGCAAGGAGCAGGAGGACUACUACAAAAGAUGUGGCUAUAAGGUUCAGAGAGAGUCUCCUGACAGCCAGAUUGACAAAAAGGAAGAGGACGAAGCGUCCACCUCAGCUAAUCCAGGACUGGAGCUGGAGCUGACAGAAGAGAAGCUGCCAAUGACACUGUCGCGACAAGAGGUCAUUCGGCGACUGAGAGAACGAGGCGAGCCGGUCAGACUGUACGCAGAGUCCGACUAUGACGCCUUCCAACGACUGCGGAAGAUUGAGAUUCUGACUCCGGAAGUAAACAAGGGUUUGAGGAAUGACCUGAAGACUGCCAUGGACAAGAUUGACGCGCAGUACUUAAAUGAAAUUGUCGGCGGGACAGAGCCUGGAGAGGUGGACACGCAACAUGACCUCAAAGUGCAUGAAGAGAACACCACCAUAGAAGAACUGGAGACUCUUGGCAGAGCUCUGGGCAUAGGAGAUGACGAUGGAGACCAAGAUGUCAUCGACAAGUUUCUCAGUUUUCUUCUUGGCGUGUGGGCCAAAGAUCUGAACAGUCGUGAGGACCACGUGAAGCGCAGCGUUCAGGGCAAGCUGGCGAGUGCCACCCACUCUCAGACCGAGGCUUACCUCAAACCUCUCUUCAGGAAGCUCAGGAAGAAGAAUUUACCGGCUGACAUCAAAGAAUCAAUCACUGACAUCAUCAAAUUCAUGCUGGAGAGGGAAUACGUCAAGGCAAAUGACUCAUACCUGCAGAUGGCUAUAGGAAACGCCCCGUGGCCCAUCGGCGUGACCAUGGUGGGGAUCCACGCCCGUACCGGGAGAGAGAAAAUCUUCUCCAAGCAUGUGGCCCACGUCCUCAACGAUGAAACGCAGAGAAAAUAUAUUCAGGGACUAAAGAGGCUGAUGACCAUCUGCCAAAAACACUUCUCCACGGAUCCAUCCAAGUGUGUCGAGUACAACGCUCUUUAAUGUCACGCUUUAAUAAGGUUCAACCUGCUACUUCAUGUCGGAGAAAUGACAUUGGGGGGACAUUUAUCUUGCAUCUUCCCACUCAUCAAGCAAGUCACUCGUCAGUGCGCACAAGCAGACGCGCCUGGCGUGUCUGUAUUUUUUUCAUCUUCACACCAUCAUAAAAGCUCGGCAGUGUUUUUUCAUUGGGGGAAGCAAACCUGAGCUGCGUAUUGAUGUGCUGCGCUCUAGUGGUGUAGCUUUUAUUGCACCAGCUCACCGCUACAUAAUCAACUGUCUUUAUUACCUUUAGUCGGACUUUGUACUGGACAGAAGCAUCGUGACACCUUCACAACUCCAUGUAGUUAUUUGACAUGGGUGCGAUAUUGUGACACAAUAUUUUGCAGUGAUUUACAAACAGAUUUUGUCUAAAAAAAAAAAUAGUGUAAAAAUAUCUCUACUGUAUUUGACUAAAAAAAAAGCUCCAAUGUAAGUUAAGUAAGGCUGAUGCGAUUAUACAUUGCUAUUGACAUGCUACUUAUUAGCGAUUUUACAUGGCGAUUUCAACACCUCAAUUUUGACAACUAAGAUGCAUGUUGCAGUCAAACAGCUGCUGCGUAAUAAGUACAAUACUUAACAGUAUCUACACUUUUUAGGAUGCAAAAAAGGACUUUGUACUGGACAGAAGCAUCAUGACACCUUCACAACUCCGUGAAGACACAAAGGUGCAAUAUUGUGACACAAUGUUUUGUAGUGACUUACAAGCAAAACUAGUGUAAAUAUGUCAGUACUGUCGACCUAAUGUUUGCAUAAAAUCAGGCUCUUUUGGCA